AUGGCUUUUAAUAAAAUGGACAAGCUAUGUUUACAGACCUGUGAGAAACCCAAGCCCUCUGGGCGGAGAGUGUGUGGGGGGGGAAACUACUACGUCACCACUUCCGCCUCGCCAGGCCAGCAAACGUGCAAAAAUGGAGAAAGGCGCACACGCCAGCGGCGACUACGUCCCGAAAGUGCGCACGCGCAUGGCGAGGCCCCGCCCCUCGCGUUCCCCACCUCCCCCAGACCCGCGCUCCCGCCUCGGAGAGGCGCGCGCCACAAGGCAGCCCCCGCUGGCACCGCCCGGGGCUUCCGCCCCGAGGCUCGACGGUCGCCGUUCGGUUCCGGUCCUAGCCCCGCCCUCACGCGGGAACUCUCCAGAAGUUUUAAUAUCCGGGACCAGAGGCUGGCGCCAGCGAGCAUUUCCGGCAAGGGACACGAAGGAAAGGAUCCGGUGACGCCUCUUCCCGUCCCCGUAGUCACCCAGGCUCCGGCUCUCGGUGCGGCAGCGCCAUCUGGUGCCGCAUCUCCCGCCGCCCGCGGAGGGGGCGCGCGCACCUUUCUCUCGGAACCUUCCAGAGAAAUCGCGGCCCCGGCGUUUCUUUCUCUCGCCCCCCGGAAGGGAGGCACCCGAGUCUCCGCCCUGCCCGGUUCCAGUGCAGGAGGUAGUAUGCAACCUGAAGAACAGAAAGAAAAAUGAACAGAGUCUCAAAGACCUGUAGGACACAGGAACAUACACACACAUAUUGAGAGCCCUAGAAGGAGAGAGAGAGAAGAAUGUGUGGGUUACAAAAUGUGUGAAGCAAAGAUGACCAAGUACUUUCCAAAUUUGAUGAUGAACAUUAAUAUACAAUCCAAGAAGCUCAAUAAACUCCAAAGAGUAUUAACCCAAAUAAAUUUAUACCAAGAUACAUUAUAGUCAAAAUGUUGAAAGACAACGAGAGCAUCUUGUGUUUAGCAAGAGAAAAGUGACUCAUCACAUAACAGUGGAACCACAAUAAGAUUAAGAGCUGACUUAUCUUAAUCUCUCAAUCCGAAAUUGAGGCCAGAAGGCAGCAGAAUGACAUAUUCAAAGAAAAAAACUGUCAACCAAAAAUUCUAUAUUUGGCAAAACUACCCUUCAAAAACUGAAGGGAGAAUGAAGACAUUCUCAGAUAAACAAAGACAGAGAAUUUGUUGUUACCACAUCUGCUUACAAGAAAUACUAAAGAAAAUCCUUCAGGCUGAAUGGAAAUGACAACAGAUGAUAACUUGAAUCCACAUGAAGAAAUAAAGAACACUGGAAAAGGUAAUUACAUGGAAAGACAUGGAGGAAACUUAAAUGCAAAUUGUUAAGUGGAAGAAGCCAAUCUGAAAAGGGUAUAUACUGUUUGAUUCCAACUAUAUAACAUUCUGGAAGAGGCAAAAUAGGAAGACCAAAAAGAUCAGUGGUUGCAGGGGUCAAGAGGGGAUGAAUAAGCAGAACACAGGGAUUUUUAGGGCAGUGAAAAUAUUCUGUAUAAUAUUAUAAUGAUGGACAUACAUCACACAUGGGUCCAAACCCAUAGAAAUGUGUAACAUCAAGAGUGAAACCUAAGGUAAACUAUGGACUUUGGGUGAUUAUGGUGUGCCAAUGUGGGUUCAUCCUUGGUAACAAAUGUACCACUCUGGUGGGGGGAUGUUGAUAAUGAGGGAGACUAUGCCUGUGUGGGGGCGGGGGCUCUAUGGUAAACCUCUGUACCUCCCUCUCAAAUUUAGGUUGUAAACCUCAAACUUCUCUAAAACUUAGUUCUAAUAUGGGGGGGAAAUUUUGUAAUUUACUUAAUUACAUAGGUAAAUAUAAAGGACUACAGAAAUACUAUCUAAAUACUUAUAAUACUAUAUAAAUACUUAAAAAGACAAAUAUUUUUGUCUUUCCUCUUAAAUGAUUUAAAAGACAAUUGCAUAAAACAAUAAUUACAAGACUAUAAUUGAGCUUAUAUAAUGAUGUGAUGUAUGGCAAUAAUAACAUGAAGAGAAAAGAAUUAUACCUAUGUUAGAGCAAAAUUUCUAUAUUUCACUGACAUUAAGUUAUUAAUCUGAAGUAGAUUGUUAUUAAUUGUAGUAUAUUGUAACAAAUUGCUGGUUAUUUGAAGGCCAAGAGCAGCCACCAAGGAAACAACUAAAAAAGGUCUUAAAAAAUGAAUUAAAAUAGUAUACUAGGAUGUAUCUAUUUAACAUAAACAAACACAGUUAAAGAGGAAUGGAGGACAAAAAUUACUUGAGACAUUGAAAAACAAAUACCAAAAUAGCAGAAGUCCAGCUAUAUCAAUAGUUUCAUUACAUGUGUAUAGAUCAAAGGGCAGAGAUUGUCAGAAUGUAUUAAAAAAAAAUCCAACAGUAGCAUGUGCAUGUCAUUUUAUAAAAAAAAGUCAAGAUUUUUAAAAGGCAACUACACUAAAAACUUAUUUUAUACUAAAGGUUGAAAUACCAUUUCAUUUGUAGUACAGAAACGAAGUAUAACUUUGAGAGGAAAAAAGAUAUGGUUUCCAAAUCCUAACACUUUUUCACUCAUAAUCUUUCUAUACAAAACUUGGUCCCUCUGUGACCUUGGGAAAGGUACUUCUCUAUGCCUUAGCUUCCUUAUUUGUAAAUUAAGAAUGAUAAUUAUAGUACUCACCUCACAGGGUUGUUAAGCUUAAGUCAUUUAGUAUGUUUUAAAAGACUUAGAAAAGUGCCUGGGAAAUACUUGAGACAAUAAAUAUUUGUUAAAUAACACUUGAAAAGUAAUAAUCCCUACCAAAGCAUAUCUAUAUACUUUCUUUUAAAAUGUUGCACUGUUGCUAAGGUACAUUUUCACAGUUUGCUUUUAACUAUUUGUGUAUAUUUCUUGAAAUUAAAAAAAAAAAACUAGCCUAUCUUUAUGGUAGAGAGAAAGAAAGGAGGGAAGAGGGGAAUAAAAAAGGAAAGAAAUAAAAAAGAAUACUAAGUGUUUUUAAGAAAAAGUUUAAAAUUUUUGACCUUUGUCAUAAGAUAACAGUACAAUAAUUUUUCUCACUUUCUGGUUUCUAUUGGACUAUAUGACCUGUUAGGGCCUGAAAAUGAAGGUAAGAAAAAUAAAAACUCUCAUGUAAUUCUUAAUAUUUAGUCUGUGGAAUAAUAUAAAAUGGUUAUUGUAAUAGUCUAUAUACUAAUAUAAAGUUACUGCUAUUAUCAGCCAUGGGAUUCACUCAAUAUUAGAGUUUUGUUUUUAGCUCUCAGUAAUCUUCAGAUUCAAUGUCAUUUUCUAACCAAGCCACUCAUGUAGAAAUUAGCACAUACCCUAAGGAUUGAAAAACAAUAAAAUGUUAAAUAUAAUAAUAGGUGACUUUUUAAC